AUGAUGGAGUUUUUGCACAUCUACGGUGUCAAGAUCAAUUCUGCAGAUGCAGAAGGGAGGACGGCCUUGCACGUGGCUGCCCAGUACAACGAUGUGGAUGGUAUCUGCCGCCUUAUCGAAUGGGGUGCCGAUGUCAACAUCGCCGAUAACAAGAGGCGCACGCCCAUCCAUUUAGCGGCCGCUGGUGGCAACUACCAGGCUUGCAUGCUGCUUCUGGAGAUGGGUGCGGACAUGAAUGCCAAGGCUCGAGUGUGGUGUGCCUUGGCGCAUGCUGAAGCCAACAACCACUUCAACCUCAUGGACCGCUUGGUUCGGUCCAGCUUGGUGGAAGAGGACAUGGCCUUCAUCAAAGCCGAGGGACCAGCAGGGCCCUCUGCAAGGUCCAAGUCCCUGGCCAACGUGGGCAUGGCGACGGCCGCCACGGACCUGGCAGUCUCGGCUGGACUACUGAAGCUCCUCGCUGGGCAGGAUCGGAAAGGUGGCGGUGAAAGGAAUGCCUGGACCUCUUCUGCCCCAGAUCAUCAAGUGAG